ACUUUCUUUUUUCCUUUCCCCUCACGUCCACGUUGCACAUCCACAUUGACUCUACUCUUGCAUACCAGUGCUGUGCUAUCCAUCAUUUUGUUUUUUUUUUGUCUCGCUUUGCCUUGCUUUCUCGCUGCUGACUGCAUCCGCUUUACUUGCUUUGCUCGUUUCCUCGCUGCCUAGGCCAGGGACAUUACAUAGCUUCACCGACUUGCCAUACCCAGAGCCCGCCUGCGUUGCGGAUCCCCCGACCCAGCACAACCAGCGAGUGACAGACAGACAACGCACAAACCUGGGGAGCCCAAACUGCAUGCUCCAUCCCGCACGCUUCGUGCUCGCAGCUGGGCCUCUCACAUGCCGUCGCUCCCACGCAUCUGAGACAUACAGGUUUACCAAGUGCCUUAGACAGAGACAUUCUCGCAGUCUCGCCUCAGCGAAACAGAAACAGACUCUGUUUUGGUCGCGAGGACAACGGACUCGUUGGGCUGACGGACAAGAGAAAAAGACAAGGAGCCCCCGGACGUCUUGACUGGAGUCUUGCUGCAUGAGUCGAGUUGUGCGUGACCGCUACACCGUUCACAGCAUCCUGUGCAUGCGCUUGCAGCCGACCUGCAGCUCUGCUUGUACGUCUGCAUAGGUUUGCAUACCGCAUACAUUCAGGUACACGCUGCAUCCGUUUGCACGCACACGUUGCUUCUGCUCGGUCGCUUUCCACUCUGAAUUGCGCCCCGGUGGAGCCCGUCGUUGUCCAAAGAGCGAAUAAGUCGCGGAAGCGGGAUCGACGUCGAAACUUGCGCCGACUCUCGGAUUCAAAGGGACCGCAGAAAAAUCGGGGUCACGUUUCCUGGUU